CUAUGUUCUGAUAACGGAUUGCUACUACUAUUUUCAUUUUCUCAGGCUUUUGUAAAUGCUUGGGACAUAGCUUGUUCAUCACCUGUGAAAACAGCAAUUGUAGCUCCUUUCGGAAGUUCUUUCUUGGUCCAUCCUAUUUAUCUUGGCGGACCUUGUCUUUCGAAGGUCACCUUAAUGAUUUAUGGAACCAUCAUUGCUCCCAAAGAUCCCGAAGCCUGGCUUGGCUUGAAUCCAAGAAAAUGGCUGUACAUCCAUAAUGUGAACCACCUCACCGUUAAAGGGGGAGGGACAAUCAAUGGGAGAGGACAGAAAUGGUGGUCUCGCUCUUGCAAGGUCAAUUCCUCAAGUCCAUGCCGACAUGCUCCAACAGUAAUUACUUUCCAUAAGUGCGAGCAUUUGAAAGUCAAGGACCUUAUGGUUCUUAAUAGUCAACAGAUGCACGUGGCAUUGACCGAGUGUGCUUGGGUUUCAGUAGCCAAUCUCACACUCUUAUCACCUCCUUCUAGUCCUAAUACUGAUGCAGUCCACAUUAGCUCAUCAAUUGGUGUUAAGGUCAAGGACAGCAUAUUCAGGACAGGAGAUGACUGCAUUUCUAUCGUCGGCAAUUCCUCACAAAUUCGUAUAAAAGGCAUUGCCUGUGGCCCAGGUCAUGGCAUUAGUAUUGGAAGCUUGGGAAAAGGGCACUCAUGGUCACAGGUGAAUGAUGUGAUGGUAGACGGGGCUUCCUUGUCCAAUACAAAGAAUGGGGUGAGGAUUAAAACUUGGCAG